AUGGAGGAGGAAGGCCAGGAGAGCCAGCCAGGAUUCUCUGAGAGCAUCAUAAUAGAGGAUGAGUCAUUUGACUCGACGAUAAACCUUAAUGAGGAUUAUGAGUUUAUUCGCGUGGUGAGCCAACAUGAAGACAUGGUAGCACAGCUGCAAUUGCUUUAUAGCCUAGAGCGCUUGUGGACAACGAAGGCAGAAUCAGUUAAAAGUAUUGAACAUACCAAGGUGGCAAUCAACUGGUCCUCCGAUGCAAAAGGUAAUAUUAUGCUCAAAGAAAUUUUUAGUCUGCCUGUUAAUAAUGUUUAA